AAUGAAUUAUAGAAGGCUCUAGGACAUCUUUAUGAGGGACAGAUAGAUUUUGAAAUUAAUCAUGCUUAACUAAAUUUACUGGUCUUUGCAAUGAUUACCUAGAAGUAUUUUAGAAAACUGGAAAACCUGCAUUAAAUAGAUUCUAUAUUGAAUAUGUGGAAUUUUAAGAAGAGGGUGGAGAUGAAUCAAUGGACCAAGUUUAUAGAUUCCCUAUUUUAAGUAAUGUAACUAAGAUGAAAAUAAUGUAUUACAAUAUACUUUUGGUAAUUAAUAAGUACAUUAUGAGAAUUGAGUUGGUUCAGAUAAUAAUAUAAUAUUCUUGGAGAGGAUUGAUGGUAAUGAAUAACUAAAUAAUUGAUAAAUUUGAGAUUAUAUAUAAAUAAGAAUUAUUAAGAUUGUUCUUGUUUAAAUUCGUAAUAUUGAGAGCAAUUAAUUGUGUAAUUAAAUCUUUCUUGAAUAUGUUUUUGCCAAUAUUUCAAUCUUCAUUCUUCCAGAUCUCAAGAACUUAAUAGGAGGUCAUUGUGAAAGUAUUCUAAGAGAAAUUGAUAAUCGAGGGUUUCAUUGGAUUCGAAGGCCGACAGGAAAAAAUGUUGGAUUUUAGCGAGACCAAUUAUUGCAUUGAGUGGGAUUAUGAUACGUAUGAAUCUUUGAGUACAUCUUAGGUGUCAGAACAAUUAUUUAAAGGGUUUCACAUUAUGUCAAUACGGAUAGAGACAGUAUUAAUUUUAGGGUCAAGCACAUAAUCUCACUGGACUAAGGAGUGUAUUAAGGGGUAGAAUUGGUUUUUUUAAUUGGGAAAAGGAGGUUUUGUUUAAAAAAUGGAUAAAGAAGUCAGAGCAUAGUGAAGUAAAUAAUAUUAAAUAAACUGAUUAGAUUUUUCAAGUGUUACGGGGUGAAAAUUAAAAAGUGAUCAAAGUUCUUUAAGACAAUGAUGUAAAAACGAAUUCUUAUCCUUAGUCUAAUAUUGAGUUAUUGGUUAACCAAAUGCUAAAUUAAAAGCCUCAUGUUAAUCUACUUCAUUCGGAUGAGUUCUAUAAGGACGAGCUUUAAGUCUAUUUAUUGAUGGACUUUCACGAACAAUCAUUAGGUGAUUUAUAGAAUCAGUACAGUAAAAAAAGAGUACCCAUAAAUAUUUUAAGGCCGAUCCUUUAAUAACUAUUAGAAGGUAAUUAAAUAUAUAAAUUUUAGGUGUCAAUCAUUUACACUCUCACAAAAUAAUCCAUAAGGAUUUGAAAUAUGACAAUGUCUUGAUAACUCAGGAUGGAACAGUGAAGAUCAUCGAUUUCGGUUUAUCUCAAAUAGGCGAGGCCACAAAUAUCCGUUCUGGAACAGGCGGUUAUAUAGCACCAGAGGUUUUUUCGAACCAAGCAAUAACAUCCAAAAGUGAUAUCUUCAGCAUUGGAGUCAUUUUCCACAAAUUAUUGACCGGAAAAGGAAUUUAUAAUAACCUUAGUGAAAAUAUGGCUGGCCGAAUGAGGAUAAGUUCUCAUAUUAAAGAUAAGAAUGCCAAGGAUCUGUUAUUGCAAAUGUUGAAUUAGGAUCCAUCCCUAAGAUAUAGUGCUGAGGAUUGUUUGGCCCAUCCUUUUUUCACAGGCGAAUACGAUUAGCCUUCCUAAAAGUACUAUUCGUAUUAAUUUAUAGAGUAUGUCUCAGCAACUACCUAAGUCCUCUUUCUUAAUAUAAAUUCUAACCCGUUUCUAUCUAAAUGAUUAGCCUAUCUUUAUGA